AUGAACCCCCCGGAGGGGGCGGCGGAGGAAGGCGGAGCAGCCGACUCGGACGUGGACGCCUUUUUCCGGACAGGUUCUUUUCGGAAUGAUGGUUUGAAAGCUUCUGAUGUCCUUCCCAUCUUAAAGGAAAAAGUGGCCUUUGUGUCUGGGGGCCGUGAUAAGCGAGGCGGACCCAUCCUGACCUUCCCUGCUCGCAGCAAUCAUGACAGAAUAAGACAGGAAGACCUGCGGAAACUUGUCACGUAUUUGGCCAGUGUGCCAAGUGAGGACGUGUGCAAACGUGGCUUCACCGUCAUCAUCGACAUGCGGGGUUCCAAGUGGGACCUCAUCAAGCCCCUCCUUAAAACGCUGCAGGAAGCCUUUCCAGCUGAGAUUCAUGUGGCCCUCAUCAUCAAACCUGACAACUUCUGGCAGAAACAGAAGACCAACUUUGGCAGCUCCAAAUUCAUUUUUGAGACGAGCAUGGUAUCUGUGGAGGGCCUCACGAAGCUGGUGGACCCCUCCCAGCUGACAGAGGAGUUUGACGGCUCUCUGGACUACAACCAUGAGGAGUGGAUCGAGCUGCGGCUGUCUCUGGAGGAGUUUUUCAACAGCGCUGUGCACCUGCUCUCGCGCCUAGAGGACCUACAGGAGAUGUUGGCCCGGAAGGAGUUCCCUGUAGACGUGGAGGGCUCUCGGCGGCUCAUUGAUGAGCAUACGCAGCUCAAGAAGAAGGUGCUGAAGGCCCCUGUGGAGGAGCUGGACCGGGAGGGGCAGCGGCUGCUGCAGUGCAUUCGCUGCAGUGAUGGCUUCUCAGGGCGCAACUGCAUUCCGGGCAGCGCUGACUUUCAGAGCCUGGUGCCCAAGAUCACCAGCCUCCUGGACAAGCUGCACUCCACCCGGCAGCACCUGCACCAGAUGUGGCACGUGCGCAAGCUCAAGCUGGACCAGUGUUUCCAGCUGCGGCUGUUUGAGCAGGAUGCUGAGAAGAUGUUCGACUGGAUAAGCCACAACAAGGAGUUAUUCCUCCAGAGCCACACGGAGAUUGGAGUCAGCUACCAGCACGCCCUAGACCUUCAGACGCAGCACAAUCACUUUGCCAUGAACUCCAUGAAUGCCUAUGUCAACAUCAACCGCAUCAUGUCGGUGGCUUCCCGCCUCUCCGAGGCCGGCCAUUAUGCCUCACAGCAAAUCAAGCAGAUCUCCACGCAACUAGACCAGGAGUGGAAGAGCUUUGCUGCUGCCCUGGAUGAACGCAGCACCAUCCUCGCCAUGUCUGCUGUGUUCCAUCAGAAGGCUGAGCAGUUCCUGUCGGGAGUGGAUGCCUGGUGCAAGAUGUGCAGCGAAGGUGGCCUGCCAUCUGAGAUGCAGGACCUAGAGCUGGCGAUUCACCACCAUCAAUCCUUGUACGAGCAGGUGACACAGGCCUACACGGAGGUCAGCCAGGAUGGCAAAGCACUGCUGGACGUGCUGCAGCGUCCCCUGAGUCCUGGGAACUCUGAGUCCCUCACAGCCACAGCCAACUACUCCAAGGCAGUGCACCAGGUGCUGGACGUGGUGCAUGAGGUGCUGCACCACCAGCGGCGGCUUGAGAGCAUCUGGCAGCACCGCAAGGUGCGGCUCCACCAGCGGCUGCAGCUCUGUGUCUUCCAGCAGGACGUGCAGCAGGUGUUGGACUGGAUUGAAAACCAUGGCGAGGCCUUUCUCAGCAAACACACUGGAGUUGGGAAGUCCUUGCAUCGAGCCCGGGCCCUGCAGAAGAGGCACGAUGACUUUGAAGAGGUGGCUCAGAAUACAUACACCAAUGCGGACAAGCUCCUAGAAGCAGCGGAACAGUUGGCUCAGACGGGGGAAUGUGACCCCGAGGAGAUCUACAAGGCAGCUCGACAUCUGGAGGUGCGCAUCCAAGACUUUGUGCGCAGGGUAGAACAGCGAAAGCUUCUCCUGGACAUGUCUGUCUCCUUCCACACUCACACCAAGGAGUUGUGGACAUGGAUGGAAGACCUUCAGAAGGAGAUGCUGGAGGAUGUCUGUGCGGACUCCGUGGAUGCAGUCCAGGAACUGAUCAAGCAGUUCCAGCAGCAGCAGACUGCCACUCUGGAUGCCACACUCAACGUCAUCAAGGAAGGCGAAGACCUUAUCCAGCAGCUCAGGUCAGCGCCUCCCUCCCUGGGGGAGCCCAGCGAGGCCAGGGACUCAGCUGUGUCCAACAACAAGACGCCCCACAGUAGCUCCAUCAGCCACAUCGAGUCGGUCCUGCAGCAGCUAGACGACGCCCAGGUGCAGAUGGAGGAGCUGUUCCAUGAGCGGAAGAUCAAGCUGGACAUCUUCCUGCAGCUGCGCAUCUUUGAGCAGUAUACCAUUGAGGUGACAGCAGAGUUAGAUGCCUGGAAUGAAGACUUGCUGCGGCAGAUGAAUGACUUCAACACGGAGGAUCUGACUCUGGCAGAGCAGCGGCUGCAGCGCCACACAGAGCGCAAGCUAGCCAUGAACAACAUGACCUUUGAGGUCAUCCAGCAGGGCCAGGACCUGCACCAGUACAUCAUGGAGGUCCAGGCCUCAGGAAUUGAGUUAAUCUGUGAAAAAGACAUUGAUCUGGCAGCCCAGGUGCAAGAGCUACUGGAGUUUCUCCAUGAGAAGCAGCAUGAAUUGGAGCUCAAUGCGGAACAGACCCACAAGCGGCUAGAGCAGUGCCUCCAAUUGCGACACCUCCAGGCUGAGGUCAAACAGGUCCUGGGAUGGAUCCGCAAUGGAGAAUCAAUGCUCAACGCCAGCCUGGUCAAUGCCAGCUCUUUGUCCGAAGCAGAGCAGCUGCAACGGGAGCACGAGCAGUUCCAGCUGGCCAUCGAGAAGACGCACCAGAGUGCCCUGCAGGUGCAGCAGAAGGCCGAGGCGCUGCUCCAGGCUGGCCACUAUGAUGCCGAUGCCAUCCGGGAAUGUGCUGAGAAGGUGGCCCUCCACUGGCAGCAGCUCAUGCUGAAGAUGGAAGACCGUCUAAAACUGGUCAAUGCCUCUGUGGCCUUUUACAAAACUUCUGAACAGGUGUGUAGUGUCCUGGAGAGCUUAGAGCAAGAAUACCGGAGAGAUGAGGACUGGUGUGGUGGACGAGAUAAACUGGGACCAGCCGCCGAGAUCGACCACGUCAUUCCACUCAUCAGCAAGCAUUUGGAACAAAAGGAGGCCUUUCUUAAGGCCUGCACGCUGGCACGGCGGAACGCUGAGGUGUUUCUCAAGUACAUCCACAGGAAUAACGUCAGCAUGCCCAGUGUCGCCAGCCACACUCGGGGACCUGAGCAGCAAGUGAAAGCCAUCCUGAGUGAGCUCUUACAGAGGGAGAAUCGCGUCCUGCACUUCUGGACCUUGAAAAAGCGGCGGUUAGACCAGUGCCAGCAAUAUGUGGUGUUUGAACGCAGUGCUAAACAGGCAUUAGACAGGAUUCAAGAAACAGGUGAAUAUUACCUCUCAACACAUACCUCCACUGGGGAGACCACAGAAGAGACUCAGGAACUGCUGAAAGAAUAUGGAGAAUUCAGGGUGCCUGCCAAGCAAACAAAGGAGAAGGUGAAGCUUCUGAUUCAGCUGGCCGAUAGUUUUGUGGAAAAAGGCCACAUUCAUGCCACAGAGAUAAGGAAGUGGGUGACCACAGUGGACAAACACUACAGAGACUUCUCCUUGAGGAUGGGGAAGUACCGGUACUCCCUGGAAAAAGCCUUAGGAGUCAACACAGAGGAUAACAAGGACCUGGAGCUGGACAUCAUCCCAGCCAGCCUUUCAGAUCGUGAAGUCAAGCUACGGGACGCCAACCAUGAAGUCAAUGAAGAGAAGCGGAAGUCAGCUCGGAAGAAAGA